GCCCGGUAUCGAACCGACUGUUUUGUAUAUAUUAUCUAUGUAGUUGUUAGUUAUUUGUCCGUUUGCGGUCCGGGUUAUAUCGGCAUGCCAGUGAAAAAAUAAGGUGAUCUUCGAAAGUUGCGAAUUUUAGGUAGUCGCCACUGACUUACGCCUUCGUUGGGAACUAUUAAAAUGGCAUGGUUUGGGCCAGUUUUGAAAAGAAAGAUCACAUAGAUGUAAUCCAAGGUAGUAUCGAAAGCAAGUAUGGUAUUGCAAAAGUCAAUUGCCGUUUUUGGAGGUAAUGGUCUUCUUGGGCGCAAAAUCUGUGAACUAGGCGUUCAGAGAGGAUACGAAGUCACUUCGUUCUCUCGUAGUGGUAGACCACCCAAGACCGAGAAGAAUCAGACAUGGAUAGAGAAAGUACAAUGGGAAAAGGCAGAUAUAUUCGAUGCCUCGAGUUACCAGUCCAAGUUAUCCCAGUUUGGUACUGUCGUACACCUUGUUGGAAUCUUACUUGAAGACACUUCAUAUAAGAACACCAUCAAUUCGAGCAGCAACUUCUUCGGUGAAUUACUGCAUUUGGUCGGCACCAUAAGACAUUCAAAUCCCAUGCAGAGAGCUGAAGGUGACCGUACUUCGUACGAGGCCGUGCAACGUGAUACUGCUGUAUUAUUAGCUGAUACCUUUUUGCAGGAACAAAAGGAGAAUCCUAGCUACAUCUACUUAUCAGCUGAUCAACAGGUCCCAAUGAUUCCCGUUCGUUAUAUCAAGUCUAAGAGAGAUGCAGAGUCCUUGUUAUCAAAAAAGGAAGGCUUGAGGUUUAUUGCCAUGAGACCAGGAAUGAUGUACGAGGAAAAUCCCGAAGUUUUCACUACAAGAGAUAGAAUUGCAGGUGUUAUCAGAGGUAUUUAUAAUAUGAAACAGCUUCUCGUGGGAAACCAUAUUUCGUUUUUAAAUCACACAUUAAGACCAAUUGUUUCCACGGAAAAGGUGGCAAUAUCUUUAUUCCAGAAUUUAGAGAACCCCGACUUCAAAGGAGUUGUUUACUUGGAUGAUAUCGCAAAAAUCUAAACCGUCAAACCAAGUAGAAAUUAGUAAUACUGUAAUAAUUGUGAACUUGUAAAUAGUUAAUUCAAAUUAAAUUCAUAAGAAAAAUUAUGUCUCUAAUAAUGACAUCAAUGUCGUUUUGUAGA